AUGUCAACAAUCGGUUAUAUUGGAGCUUCCCUGUGCCUUGUAGGAGUUCUCUCAUCCCUAUUCUCAAUCUCUCACAUCGUUUCUGACAUCAAUUCUCUUCGUUCCGAAGUUGAAGGUCGUGUCGAUGAGUUUAAGGUUCUUGCCGAUGACACGUGGCAACGUCUUCUGAUCCUCCAAUCUCCAACUGGGGAAACCGAGAAUGUGAUGCCCUCGAUCUUCCGUUCCAAGAGAUUCGUCUACCCAGGAAUGUGCAACUGCGACAGCAACUCUCAAGGAUGUCCAGCAGGACCACCAGGACCACCAGGACUUCCAGGAAAGCGUGGAGACGAAGGACAGCCAGGAGACCUCGGAAGAACUGGAGCCACUGGAAUCUCUCUCGCUGCCGUGCACCAUAUUCCAGGAGGAUGUAUCCAAUGCCCAGCCGGACCAGCCGGACCACCAGGACCAAAGGACCAGUUGGAAAUCAAGGGUUCCCAGGAGUGGUCGGACCAUGUGGACCAUCUGGAGACGAUGGACAGCCAGGACCACAAGGAGUUCAGGGAGAUAAGGGAGCGCAAGGACCAAAAGGCUUCGAUGGAGCUGAUGGACCAGAUGGUAUGCCAGGAACCGCUUACUUCCCAGGAGCACAAGGACAGCCAGGAGAGCCAGGAUGGUUGGGACAACCGGGACUUCCAGGAAAGCAUGGAGAGCCAGGACAGGAUGGAGAGGAAGGACCAAAGGGAGCACCAGGAACACCGGGAGCCAAUGGAAGAGAUGCCUAUCCAGGACAACCAGGAAAGGCUGGAGAGCCAGGAAGUGUUGGAAAGGACGCCAACUACUGUCCAUGCCCAGCCCGCCGCGAUUCCAAGACCGAAUCCGUCCACGAGCCACCAGCAGCUUCCCAAAAUGGAGGAUACAGAAAGGCCAAGAGACACUAAACAGUGGAAAUGUUAUUUAUUUUUGUUUUUUCUGCAUAAUGAAGCUAUUUUUGUCCACCUCGUUGGCCGUAACGUUCUGGCGAACUACGAUCAAGCUGGCGAAACGAAGCGUCUGAUCGACCUGAUCCUAGGUCGACCAUGGUUCGAGAUUAGUCGAUACUUCCUCGCUUGCCUGUUCAUGUGCAAUAUGGGAAAUGUGAUGGUUGAUGAGGAUCGAGAGCUCCCGCUGGAGGAACGAAUCAAUACCAUGAAAAUCACACUGAUCCAUAAGAAUAUGCACUCGGAUCAGAUUGCGAAGCUCUCGGCGCCCGAUGAGUAG